CACAUACUCAUACAUAGUACUGUAGUAAUACCCUCCCUCCCUCCCUCAUGGCUCCUCCUCCCAUUCACAUCCUUGGACUUGGGAGUAUCGGCACUUUCAUCGCCCAUUCGCUACGCUCCUUGCCUACACGUCCGCCCGUGACCUUGAUCUUACAUCGACCUGGCUUGUACGAUCAGUUCCUAGCCCGUGACGGAAAACUACGCGUCCAGAUCGGGGAGUCUGGCCCCUCAGCCGAACAGAAUGGAUUCGACAUUGAACUUCUGGGGAAGAGCCCGAACUCCCCCCACCAGCAAUCGACCGACCCCAUACAAUGCCUGGUCAUCACCGUCAAGGCUUCAUCGACCAUCGCCGCUCUACAAUCCAUCCAGCACCGGCUCAACCACCAGUCCACCGUCUGUCUCCUCCAGAAUGGCCUGGGCCAGAUCGAGCAGCUGAACGACCAGCUCUUCCCCAACCCACACACCCGCCCCACCUACAUCUCCGGCAUCAUGCGUCUCGGCGUGUAUCUACGAUCGCCCUUUGACGCGGUUCUGGCGGGCAUGACCGGCUCCGUUACCGUGGGGACCGUCAACGACAACGACAACAACAACAAUAAUACCAGCACGUCCACCCGCUACCUCCUGGAUCGGCUGACCGAGUCGCCCAUCCUGCAAUGCACCGAAUCGCCCUGGUCGGACCUCUUCCAGGCCCAAUUGCUCAAGCUGUCCGCCAACUGCGUGAUCAACCCGCUGACGGCGGUGCUGGACGUGCGCAAUGGCGCUCUCCUGAACAACCUCGAGGUCCUGCCCCUGCAGCGCCAACUCCUCCAGGAGGUCUCGCGGGUCUUCCAGCGGCUGCCCGCCCUGCGCGACCGCCCCGACGCGCAGCAGCAGUUCGCGUUCCCUUCGCUGGAGGCCUCGCUGAUCAGUGUCAUCCAGCAAACGGCCAGCAACUCGAGCAGCAUGCGCGAGGAUCUGCGCAAGGGCCGCGCGACCGAGAUCGAGUUCAUCAACGGGUGGGUGGUGCAACAGGGAGAGGCCUUGGGGGUGGAUUGUUCGGCGAACCGUAUGCUGCGGCAGCUCAUUCGAGCCAAGAGCACUUCGGCCGGGACGGAGGAGUAGCCUCUCUCCGCUGUGGGCGGUGAGGCUUGGCGGGAGUAUCGGUGUGUCAUAUAUCACCGGCUCAUGGGCGUUUUCGGAGGUUCAGACUGCUCAUGGCUGCGAUCUACGAUGUGCGGUAGACGGAGGGCUGCAUCACGA